AUGUGGAAGACGCUCAUCUCCUCCAGCUGGACUAAGGAGCCAGUGCUGCAGAUCCUCUUCCAUGUGCUGGAAUACUGGCCAGCGCACAGGAGACGCACCUCUGAUGGGGAUGAGAGGGAUGUCUUUGCCCUGGCUGCAACUGUGGCACUCUGGGAGAUCCUCCAGCUGUCCCACUCCUGGUGCCCAAGUGCAGUGAAGGACAAUUUCCCGCGCCUCCUUCUGACUCUGCUCUUCCAAGUUUUCAUCAGCACAGAGGAGAUGUCAGAGGAGGUCGAGACCUUCUGGAGGCGAUGCCGGGAGCAGCGCAGCCUUCCCCCCAACCCCAACAGGUUUGCAGUGCAGACUGUUAAAGCCCUGCUGCGCCAGCUGCUGGAUGAGGACGUGCUGAUGGCGAUCGGUCGCAAGUGUGGCUGGGACAUGCUCCUCAAAGCUGACAGCCACCACUAUGCAGUGGGUCUGCUGGCCAGGGAGCUGUGCCAUGUCUCCUGCUCCUUCGGUCGCAGCAUCGCCGUCAGCCUGCUCCCGCGGCUCAGCAGGGGAGAGCCCCUGUGGGAACUGCCUGCCCUGGCGUUCCUGGUGGAGGUCCUGCACUGCCUGAUCCCCAGACAAUAUGGGCCCAGCAUCCUGCAGAUUAUUUCCAGGCACCUGCGCAGUCAGUGCCCGGAGAGGCGUCGCCUGGCGCUCCGAGGCCUGGUGGUGCUCAGCAAGGCUCCCUCAAUGGCUAAGAGCAUCCGGAGCCUGAAUGAAAGCCUCCUGGAGCUACUGCAGGAUGCAGACACGGACGCGGUUGAGAUGACUCUCACUGUGUUCAUCAAUGUGCUGGGCUUGAAAAUCAUCCAAAUAUCCAGCCCAAUAGCCCUGAAGUUGCUUGAGGCGCUGCGGCCACUCUUUGACAACGAGCACAGCCAGCUGCAGCAGCUCUCCAUGCUCCUCUUCCGGGAGGUGAUGGAAGCGACAGAGAGGAGCAAGAGCCUAAAGCCACACGUGUACCUGAGUCUGGUGCCAUUCUACUUCAACUGGCACGAUGAGAACCAGCGUGUGGCAGAGGCCUCUCGGAGAGCACUGUUUGGUGCAGCCAGGUUCCUGAAGUGGAGGGAUCUUGAGAACUUGGUGACCAUGGAGCAGCCGUGGAGGUUUCCCGAGUGCCUGCUGGAAAAGGACAGGAGCCGAGUGGGCCAGUACGUGCGCCAGGCCCUGCCGUUCCUGGAGAGCCCAGAGGAGCCCCUGCGAAAGCUGGCCAUCAAGUUUCUGGGGAUCGCCGCCAGGUCCAUGAAGCAGGAGCAGCCAGAGAUGCAGCUCAUCUGCCAAGCCCUUCAAGACAUCACUGAUGACAGCCCUGCCAUCUCAGACCUGGCCCGUCAAACGCUCCACAUCAUCAGAGCUGUACGGAGAACUUCAUUCUUCCCAUUCUGGUAGUCUCCGUUGCUGCCUCUUCCAGCCCGUAGAAGUGUGACAGAUGACAUCAGACUCGCCAUGGCAGGCCUGGCAAUUCAACACUGCUACGUGCUGAGAGCUGUACAGAUGGCUCCCUACUGCAGAUUCCAGCAGCUCCAAGACUGGCUGUGCAGAGCAUGGCAGACCCAGCCUUUUCCGCAGGGCAGUGUCUGCCUGUGCUGCUGCAGCUCUGUGGAGAACUGAUGCAGGAAGCUCCAUCUCCUGGAGCCACCUGAGCCUGUGGGGAAGAUGCCUCUUCCCUGCAAGCACCUCCUUUGAGCCCAGCAUGGGAACAUGACCAACAUGUUAUCACGCA